AUGCAACCAAUCCCAGUAUCAAUCCUCUUCUCACUGUUCAUCGCUUCAUCAGUAGUUUGCAAUGAACAAUCACCCGACUUCGACUUACAAAGCAAUGUUCAUGGUCGAUCCUUCUUGAAUCCAGCCAAUCUAAUUGCUAAUGUCGCCUCGUCGGUAGCCUCAUCAGUUGCUUCCAAUGCUGUUAACUCAGUAGCCUCUGGUUUAGGUUCACUAGCUACUGGUGCAGCUAAUGGAGUAUCAAAUGGUAUCAAAGGCAUUGGUGCAUUGGAAACAAGUGGACUUGAUGCUGCUGGUAACCUCAUCUCAAGUGGAGCUUCAAUGGCUGCUCAGGCAGAAAAUAAAUUAGGUGAUGCUGUUAGUUCUGGUAUCAAUGGAGUUGGUAAAUUGGCCAGUUCUGGUUCUAACAUGGUUGCUGGUGCCGCUCAAUCUUUACUUGGCGAUAAACUUGGUGGUGCUAUUGGUCAAGGUAUCAAUGGAGUUGGAAAUGCUGUUGAGAAUGGAUUCAAAGCUGGUGCUUCAGUUGCUGAUUUGGGUUUCGGUCUUAAAGCUAAUGCAAUCAAAGGUGUCGGUAAUGUUGGUGAAUCUCUUACCAAUGGUUUAGGUAAAGUUGCUGGUGCUAAAGCUGGUUUACUUGCUGGUGGAGCUUCAAAGGUUGGUCAAAUGGCUGACAGUGGAGUAAAGGCUGUUGGAAGUGGAGUUGGUAAAGUCGCUGGUAAGGUUGCUGGUGAUGUUACUGGUAGUGUCGUUGGUGUUGUUGCUGGUAAAUUGUUCGGUUAA